AUGAAUGGUCACACAGAACCUCCCUUUCAGCUAGAUGGCCAGGCCGUCGACGAUGCAAAGCCGAUCCGCGUCUUCAUCAUCGGCGCCGGCGUCUCUGGAAUCGCCCUCUACAUCAGGAUCUUGCAGCACGUACCUAACGCAAAGAUCACCAUAGUGGAUAAGAACCCCGAGCUAGGCGGCACAUGGUAUGAGAACCGAUACCCGGGCGUGGCCUGCGACAUCCCCAGCCACGUGUACCAGUACUCGUUUUCCCCUAACACUCGCUGGUCAAAGCUCUUUGCCCCCGGGGCCGAGAUUCAUGAGUAUGUCAAGGGCGUGGCGAAAAAGUAUGGUGUGGACGCCAAGAUCAACUUCAACACCAGGGUUAUCGGGUUGCAGUGGGUCGAGGAUGAGGGUCUUUGGACUGUCAGGACCGAAGUUACGGCCCCUGGCCAGGCUCCGCGUAUUGAGGCGAGCCAGUCUGAGGUUGUCAUCAGCGCUGUAGGCAUCCUCAACAACUGGAAGUGGCCUGAGAUAAAGGGCCUCCACGACUUUGAAGGCAAGCUUCUCCACUCAGCCAACUGGGACAGCUCAUGGGACUUCCAGGGCAAGACGGUAGCGCUUCUAGGCUGCGGUUCAUCAGCAAUCCAGAUUCUACCUCACUUCCAGAGGAACUGCCCCAAGGUGUACAACUUUGUCCGUGGAGGCACCUGGAUUAGCCAGCCGUUCGGGUCUACCUUUACCGAGAAGAUUCUCGCCAACAGCACCGACCCGGGCAACUACUCGUACACUGACGAGGAGAUCACCCGCUUCGAGCAGGAUCCCGAGUACUACAAUCGAUUCCGCAAGGAGAUGGAGAGCUUUAUCAACAAGGAUUUUCCCAGCCUGUUUCCCGGCUCCGCCGAGGAGCGCGUCUCCACUCAGAAGAUCAAGGAGAAUAUGAAGCAGAAGCUGCUCUCCAAGCCCGGGCUCUACGAGGCCCUGGAGCCGCGCUUCACACCGGGCUGCCGCAGGCUCACACCGGGGCCCGGGUACCUGGAGGCGCUCAUCAAGGACAACGUGGAGCUCGUCAAGUCGCCCAUCACGCGAGUCACAAAGUUCGGCGUGGAGACGGAAGACGGCCGGCAAUAUCCCGUCGACGCCAUAGCCUGCGCGACUGGCUUCGACUGCAGCCACAGGCCUAGGUUUCCCAUCAUUGGCAGAGGGGGCCAUGAUCUCGCCUCUAGAUGGGAAACCCGGGCCGGAGCAUACCUGUCCCACUCGGUCCCGGGCUUCCCCAACUACUUUGUCGUUGGAGGACCCAACUCUGCCACAGGCGGAGGCUCCCUCCUGCUCAUCCUCGAGUCGGUGAUGGGGUAUAUAGUAAAGGCGGUUCAGAAGAUAAGCCGAGAGCACCUAAGGUCCAUGGAGGUUAAGGAAGAGGCGCUUGGUGCGUGGACGACACACAUCGACAAAUACUUUCCGAAGACGGUUCACCUUGACAGCUGCACGAGCUGGUACAAGUACAAUGAUCAGGUCAUCGGGCUGUGGCCCGGGAGUUCUCUGCACGCCAUGGAGACUCUUGCGCACCCACGUUGGGAGGACUAUAGCUACGAGACAGAUGAAAGGAUCGGGAAGCUGGACUGGAUCGGUAAUGGCUGGACCCAAGAGGACGUGAGACGUGGGGACUUGGGCUAUUAUGUGGAUGAGUUUGACGUUCCGCCGGUUCCCACGACCGAGAUCCUAUCUAGGCAGCCAUAG